AUGGCAACGAAACGCGGACGUGGUGGUGCCUCUGGCAACAAGUUCCGUAUGACUCUGGGUCUGCCCGUGGGCGCUGUCAUGAACUGCGCUGACAACUCGGGCGCCAAGAACCUGUACAUCAUUGCGGUGUGCGGUAUCAAGGGUCGUCUGAAUCGUCUGCCUGCUGCUGGCGUGGGUGACAUGGUGCUUGCUACCGUCAAGAAGGGUAAGCCGGAUCUCCGUAAGAAGGUCAUGCCCGCUGUGGUCAUUCGUCAGCGCAAAUCCUGGCGUCGCAAAGACGGCGUGUUUCUCUACUUUGAAGACAAUGCCGGUGUCAUUGUGAAUCCAAAGGGAGAAAUGAAGGGCUCUGCCAUUACGGGCCCUGUGGGCAAGGAGUGUGCUGACCUGUGGCCACGUAUUGCUGCGAACGCCGGCUCCAUCGUCUAA